AUGGCCUGCUGCACCACCAGCUUCUGUGGAUUCCCCAGCUGCUCCUGCGGGACCUGUGGGACCUGUGGACCCAGCUGCUGCCAGCCCUGCUGCUGCCAGCCAACCUGCUGCCAGCCCAGCUGCUGCCAGCCAACCUGCUGUGGGACGGGGUGCGGGACCGGGUGUGGGACCGGCUGUGGCACUGGCUGUGGCCAGGGUUGUGGCUGUGGAGCUGUGAGCUGCCGCACCAGGUGGUGCCGCCCUGACUGCCGUGUGGAGGACACCUGCCUGCCCCCCUGCUGCGUGGUGAGCUGCACCCCCCCAACCUGCUGCCAGCUGCACCAUGCCCAGGCCUCCUGCUGCCGCCCGUCCUACUGUGGACAGUCCUGCUGCCGCCCCGCCUGCUGCUGCUACUGCUGUCAGCCCUCCUGCUGCCAGCCCACCUGUUGA